AUGGACAAGUUUGUCUCCUUACUGAUUUUUGCUGCAUUCCUGGGACUCACAUGUAAGUUUCCAGAGACCUUUCAUCUUCUUUUUAAGCUACUUCCAUUUCCCUAUCUACAUUCCCCAUAUUUCCCUUCUCGAGUCACUUCCAGUGUUUUAAAUGUGCCCAAAAAUUUACUUUAAAGCUUUCUUCAUAUUAUUGAAGUGAUCAAUCCCAGAAUGAUAAAAAAAAACCGUUUGAAUUUCCCUCUACAAAAUUGCAUAAGAUUGAAUUAGUCGUGACUAGAAACCACAUUUAUCAAGGGGCACUAAUUACGUGAUGUUUCGAAGAUUUUAAAUCUUUGGGUUUUACCUAUCUUCCAUGCCAGAAUCAGCUUAUAGAUGCGAGAAAAUCUUCAUUUAUACGAAAAAAGACAUCAACGCAAAAAGGAGAGUGAUUAAAAUCUAAAUCACUUUAUCGUGAUUUGCAUCCGUUCUGCCCAGGAUCAUAAUUUUUUUUAUCUCUUCUGAAAUGUAAUUUGUGGUGGCCACUGAUAUGUGUCAACGUGUUUUUAAACUAAUGAAAUAUUAGAAAAAGAAUGUCAAAUUGUGGAAAGACUUUCGUAUUGCGAAACCAAAACCUUCUCUUACAAAAAUGAAAACAUUAAGAGAAAAACUAAGUAACUGGCCAUCAAGCUACAGGGCACUACAUAUAACGGGGUAAAUGAUUUAGAAUUGCGACAUUUUCUUCAUGUUAGAAUCAUUGUAUUUUGGAUAAUUUUCAGGUUCAUUUCCAAGCAAAGAACAAGGUAUGGUUUUUCAUUUAACAAGAAGUAUAAAAGUAAAGCAAUUACUACCAGACAGGUUGAAUUUCCUAAAUUUUCUUUGACAAACAACUAUACUUGUUUCCAAAAAUAAUUUAACCAAGACCACCUUAACAGUCUUAUCAGCCAGUAUAAUUUUUCAAAUAAAUUUACGAAAAGAAUAUAAACUGGGUAAUUGAAUGAAUAUGGCUUAUCUUACCAGUACAAUAAUAAGGAAAAAUUGAAUUUCAGCGUAAGUUACGCGAUAAUGUGGUGUACAUUUAUUUAAUUUUCGAUUCGUAGAAAGGAAAAACGAUAUAAAAUGCACUUUCAUGCUUACGGCAACUAGUUAGUUUUAUCAUCUUCUGUAAGAAGCAAGCCAUUAUUUCUGAGUUGAUUACAGUUAGAGUGACUAUUCAAGGUUUGUUGUAAUUCACACAGAUGGACGACACCAUUAACAAACAAUGUCAACUUUUUUUGUUUUCUUUGUAAUCACCAAACUCAAAAUCAAAAUUCUGUUUAGGGUUUUGGUUGCAAAGGUGUAAGGAAUUUUAGUUAAAAAUGCACGCACUAUCUCUAAUUUCAGUACAUCUUUACGGCUCAGAUUACUAUUCUCACUUUGUAGACUCAACGUAAUUAAACGUACAUAAACUGUCAAAUUCGGUUUGGAAAAUGAAAUAUGAGCAAUAAAGAUGAAAAUAAAACCUUGCAGUACAUUAUAGUAAAACAUAAAACUUCUUAAAUUUUAAAGAAAGCUUCACUCAUAGUGCAAUAUAACCAAUGCACGCUUAAAGUUAUUUCUCGUGCCUGUCAUUUAAAUUUCCUAAUUAAGACAACUUACUAUUUGACAGAAAUUUUUUGUAAUAUUGUCUCUCUUAUCAGUGUGAAACUAAAAUUACUUCUGCAAAGAGAAAUAAUUUUUUUUUCGGUAAUCUACUGGCUUUUAAUUAAACUCAUAAUCUUUACAUCAGAAUAAAUCCAAUUUGUUUUUUAUAUAUCUAUCACUUAGCCAAGUUUUUCCUUUUUUUAAUCAAAACUAGAGUCCACUAUUUUUUGGGUACUGGUACUGUAGUUUUUUAUAAGACAAAUUAAGGUAAAGGCAGUGCAUAAACUGACGAUAAAAAAAGCAUUUCAAAAACGGUCUUUACCGGCGCACACAAUUCAGGGUUGUUUCAUACAAACCUAUUUUUCUGAGUGCUCCAAGCCAUAAAACAGUAGACUUCAUUAAAAAAGGAAAAAAAAAAACAAUAUCCGGCGUCUCUGUUCAGUGAAAAGUAAAGUUUGAAAUAGUUUUAAAUAAUGUAUUUUUUAAGCCGAGUUUUCAUUACUUUUAAAGUAGAAUGAAAGGUAUGUGGCGGCAGACUUUUGGAAGAAAACAAAAGCCCCAAUAUAGACAAAAUACAUUAGAAUACAAUUUAUUUCACAUUUCUCAGUUUCUUCAUCUUACUUUUUUUUUUAAAAAAAAAAAGGAGCUCUGUAAUAUAAGUGUCUGAUUAGAAAAACAAAACUGGAAAGAGGAAGGAAAUGCCUAGGCCCAAAUAAACCGACUCUGGAUAGUGUAUUUUGAUAACUUUUGUGUAGCACUCAUUCAAAACCAAAUGCAAAAACACACAUACAGCAAUAACGCUAACGUAAAGCGGGAUAAUAAGACUGGUAAAGCGUAAAAAAGCGUAACCAAAACAAUAAAUACAUAAAUAUAUCAGCAGUAAAACAUGGACAUGAAGACAUCUCCAUAUUAAAAUAUACGAGAAGAUACCAACGGACACUUGAAGAGCCAAAGAAUGUGAAAGGUCGCAGUCACUGACUAAGAUGGUUCACUCUAUACGUCAAAUUGCAUAAAAGUUAAAAGGUGCAUUCGAAUUUAACAAUCCACAUUUUUUAAACGCUUCACCUCGUUCAUGGCAACAUCAUUUAUAGGUUUUCACUAUCAGGUUUUCAUAUUUUAUUUCUAAACAUCCUUCAUAUUUUGCUAUUUAAUUCUUAUUUAAAGUCUACCAAGCAUUGUUUAUCCAUUGAUAUAGUGCUAGGAGGGAAAUAUUUCGUCUUUAAAUUCCGCGCAACGCCGGGUAAAUAAAUAUACAAAAACACUGACUCAUAGUAACAAGAAUAUACGAAUGAAUGUACACCCUAAUCAAAGUAGUUUAUUAACGCUAAAGCCUAGUCGUUAAAAAUGAUUUAUUGUAAUCUGCGUAUUAUUCAUCACCUUGCAAAAUACCGUAUUCUGAAUCUACUGAAGAACGAACACUCUUGUAAAUAUCUAUUUGCCCAGAAAAAAACUUAAGUCGUUGACACCCAUGCAGCCAGAGUUAUUCACUUUUUUAAUGGGUUUGGUAUACUAACGAAACAUUUUACUUUUCCUCAAAAUAAACCUUUUUAAGACAAAACAUAGUCUCUUUUGUCUACGUUCAGAGGGGUUUAUCCCAUCUUUCGCGACGGUGGAUUGAAGACGGUCUUAAUCCCACAUAUUUUGCAUACCAAAAAAAGCCACGUUCAAGCUUCACAGAAGUGAUCUACACAUGAGGGACGUAAUUACAGGUUUAUAUUAAUGCCGCUAACAUGCACUAUAUUCAUGAUAUGAUUUAAAGAUAAUUUACAACUUAUUUAAAAAGGCAAUGUGGCUUAAAAUAUAUCUACGAAGAUGCCUAACUCCUUUCUUGACAAACAACGCUCAUCUGGUACGGAACACCAGCAAACAGUAUCAACUACCAACUAAUAACUUGCCAAUAUUGGCCUAACCUGUAACUCUUUAUCACCGACAAUAAAAUUACGGCUAAAGGUCAGCCCCUAACCGUUAUAUUCUAAACUUGUUGACUGCAUAAGGUAUAAACAACUACUACUAACAGCUAACGAUAAUUUAACAUUUCUAAAAUGUUCCUCAGACGCGAGAGAAAAUGAAUGGAUGCGGGAAACAGCAAAACGUUAGUAGCAAACGUUUCUUGUUAUUUACUACUAAGUGUCUGAUAGCAAAAUACUCAAAAGUGUUUCAAAUGAAUCUUUAUGAAUUUUAUCAGUCUUCUUCGACAGACAACAAGUGUGACUAAACUUAAUUUUAUUUUGCUACUUGAAAGAGAAAAGGAAGCUGGCCCUGAAAGAAACUAUUCAAUAUAAAUUUCUUUUCAUGUUCAUUUCUCUUUUUAUUCUUCUCGAAAAACAGAACACUUAUUUUUCUGAAAAUUUCUAGUUAAGGUGAAAACAAAACCAAAUAAAUAUUUAAAGAAGAGAAUGACGUCCGAAGUUUGUUUGGUUAUUUCUGGUAAAAGAAAACUUUUUGGGGAAAUACAAAGCAAGAACAUCCAGGUAAAGGUAUGAACUCUAGGGGAAGUCUUAUACCGGGAGGCUCCGGCCCAAGGUCCAACCCCUUACCCUGUUUUAUAUACCGUUGUUGAUACGUAUUUAGUUUAGAACUUUCCAUCCCUUUUAACUGCUAUAAAUUCAGUCUUUAAAAUAUGAAUAAACCACAAAACCAGAACGUUUUCCCGACUCUUUCACAGCCAUAAAAUGCAUCUGUUACAUGUAGCUCCUCUGGCUCUUUUUACGACCGAAAUGACAGAUUUCCCUUCCCUUUCAUGUACCUCAAGUAGUAAAAUCCAUACCCCUUCAUAUACUUAAAGCCUGAAAAAUGUACCCCUUUUGAGCGGAACCUCCCCAGAUAAGCCAUUAUAGGGAGUACCCCUGGGGUAUGAACCAGGUAAUAGUUAUGUGCUCAGUGAACUGUCCUUUGAAUAGAAGCGAAACUAGAGGUGACCUUGUUUCCUUAUAAACCUUUCUGUUUUUAAUGAAAAUGAUAAUGUUCAUGGGCUUGUUAGCUCAAGCACAAAUUGGACACAAAAAGCAGGAAGGUUUUAACAAAAAAGUUUCCAGCCUCACUCUAUUUAAAGGCCAGGGAUUGAGCACACACGAAAAUUACACAGAAGAGAACUACACACAAAAAUUUAUACCUAUCAAUCUAUCAGCUAGAGAGAGUCAGUUAUUUGAGCAAGUGUCAGUACUUUCUGGUCUGGCCAGUCCUAAGUUACUUUUAUUUUUAUUCGUCUCAAUAUAAAGUAGUACUUCGCUUAUCAAUAUUAACAAAGUCUUAUUUGAUUUUAACUUGCAGAAAUUGAUUCUGAAGAUGCUGACCUUGGUAAAAAAAUAUUAUUUUAUUGCUCUCUUAAUUCCAUUCUUUUUUCUUUUUUUUUUUCACUUCUCAUUCUUUUCUAUCUCCUUUCCCUUUCUUCCUUUUUGCCCAUUCCUUCAUCCUUUAUAUGAUAGGAAACUAGUCAUAAUAAUGAACUAAACUUACUGAUCAUUUCUUGCCACCCUUACAUUUUUUCUGCUAGAAACCAGAAGUAAAGUACUAUGCCCAGAACUUGGCCUGUUGGAACACUAUCACGUGAAUUUGGGGGCAAGUCACAUCCCUUGUUCACAAGUAACCAGGAAACGUAAGCACAGUAUUGCAGAUAUUAUGAAAUUAGACCCUAACAAGGCUAAUAUUACAGUUUUAUUUAAUACUCUACUAUCCCCUGACUGCGACAAUGCGGGAAUUCUUAAACAAGAGGGACAAAUAUCCUUCCCUAUUGGUCUGUUUACAAUAAAAAUAUUAAAGCAGGAGGGGUUACUAGUAAUAAUGAAUGGCAUUCAAUCACCCUUGUUUGCUUAGUUUGAGUUUAUUGAAUUGCCACAAAUCUUAUCAAUGUAAUAAAUGAACACAAAAUCUAGUGGCAAGAAACCAAAAGGAAUGUACUGAUCAUUUACUUAGUUGGCUCCCUGUAAUAGCUAAUUGAUUAAUUAAUGGACUAAUUUUUUAUGGAUGAACUUACCCCUUUCCCCGUUCCUCCCUAACUUUGACGGUGCGUUGCCUCACUAACAGAAUUCCAUUUUUUUGUUGUUUUCAAAAGGUGCCGCUAACUUAAUACAAGAGUUUAAAAAGAGAGGUAAGUUGCAAAAAACUCUAGGGUCUCCCAUAUCUCACUGGUUUGACUAUCCCAUGAUACCUCAUGGGUUUGGCCCCUCUUUGGAGCAUUUCAUUUAUUUUUUCCUUUUUUAGUAUGUCCACAAAGCCGGUGGAUGUAUGUUUAGGAUGAAAUGAAUGAUUACUAUUUGCCUCAUUUAGACCCCCUUGUUGAACACUUUUUCUUUGAUUCAACUUUGACAGAACAACUUGACUCAAGGGUCCAUAAUUUGAGUCAGUAUAAAAACUGCACAUCAACAAUGAAAAAAUUUUGGUCUGCUGAUAAAACCUUGAUCAGACUGGAUUAGAUCAAACUCUAUAAUCCUAUCCCUAAUCUUUUAUCAUUUAAUGAAUGGGUUGAUCCAGGCUUAUCCAGUUCAGGUUUUGUUGACUCCUAAUCCCACUUCAUGCGUGGAACAACAUGUUUUGCCCAACCAAGGCAAAGUCUCUAUGACUAAAAUAGCUCACCUUUGAUCUUUCUCAGACACAAUCUGUCUUUUGUUUUACGGCUAUAUUUAUUGCACUCUCAAUUUUUCUGAAAUCUUAUUCUGCAUACAGGUUUGAUAAAAAGUUGCAUUGCCGACAAACCCCUUUAUGAUUGUGAGGGCAUGCUGGGUAAUCAGGACAAGAUGGUGGAAAAAUCAAAAGUUUGCAUGAGAAUAUAAAGUCAUUUUUAUUUCUUGCUAAUUGAAUAUAUUAUAUUUUGUCACUUUCCCUUUAAAAUGCAACUAAUGAGCAUAAAGAAACUACACACUAAAUCUAGAGUGCAUAGCAGUCCUUUGUUGAUUUUUAGAAACCCUGAGUUCAUCCAUACAUUUUCUGUAAUCUGACGACACAAAAAUUACAGAUACAGUAUGGAAGACAUCAAAUUUUCUAAAAAGUGACAAAAGACUGCUGUGCACUCCACAUUUAGUGUUUAGUUUCUUUACGUUCAUUAGUUAAAGUUUGAACAGGGAAAGUGAAGAGUAUAUUCAAUUAGGAAGAAUUAGUUGACUAUGAAUUCCCAUUCAAACUUUUGAAUUCCCCGCCAUCUUGUCCUGAUUACUCAGCAUGCCCACACAACCGUAUAGGGGUCUCUAUAGUCAUCUAAUGCGAGCACUUUCGUGUACUAGCGAAAUUAAAUUUAUAGUGGAAUUCUGAUCCAUAGCAAUGCUACGAAUUAAUGUAAAAAUAUCUUCAGAACCGGUCGCUUUUGAGGCGCGCAGUUUAAAUGCUUAUAGUUAAUAUGAUAAAUAGGUCACAAAGGGUCUAGCUAUUAAGCUUAUUGAUCCGCUAAACCUUACUUGGAACGAUCUUUGCGUGUAAAAGCUACCCAAGGGACAAGUUCACCCCCGGAAAGGACAUUGCUUUUCUGUACAUAAAUAAAUGAACUAAAACCUGUUAAGUACUGACCGUUUUAUCAGCCUUUAAAGUUCACCGACCUCAGGAUUCGAUUGCAACAAACAUGAAACUUCUCCGACAAUCCUCCAAGGCGCUGGUUGUCGAGCAUCGCGCGCCGCCAUUUUGGAAUACGCUUGGGAACCUGGCUUUUGAUGCGUGAGUGUGAAAUGAAAUUGGCGGGAAACGAAGCGAAGGUCGAGUGCCUGAAUCAAUCGAAGGCAGACGCUUUUUUAACACACUCAUCUAUCACAUUUGUAUUUGUGGUUAGAAAUAUUAUACACAAUCCCCCCUCGGAGUGACCUCGUCCUUAAAUUCAUUAGCAGGGCUGUAUAACUGCUGAUUGUCGUUGUUGUCAGUAUACGGCUACAGCCCCGCUCUUAGCCUCCCCGCAGACGUCCUUUGGGGUUCGUUUGUCACGCAUUCAUUUCUCCCCGACAAACGAACCCCAAAGGACGUCUGCGGGGAGGCUACCCUGCUCUCAGUCUGUGACGAUUAGCUUUAUUUGUAGAUCGGCUGGCACAAAGAAGUUGGGGUUCAAAGAACAAUUAUCGAAAAAGAAUAGCAUAAAUUUUAUCUUUAAUGGGAUAAUGUACUUUAGAAGAAGGAAGAAUGGGAUAAACAUUUCCUUUCUUCUAGCAUGUUCUUGGCGUUCAGAAACCGGCUGGUGACGGCCCACUCUCCACUAUCUAAAUGCCUAGGACGGGUUAUAUUUUUCCAGAAUAAGUCAACUUUUAUGAGUAGAACAAUGAUUUUUUUCUCCACUGUGAUAUGGCAAUAAUGAAAUUUUCGAGCAGGAAUUGGAAUUCGCGAUUUGCACCAACCUCGUCCCCAGGGCUUUUCCCUUAAAAAAUGGGUGGGACGGGAAGGAGGAGGUCAAUGAAUUUUUUAAAAAUACAGGUCAUACUAGAUAAGUCUAAACAAACGCGUGUCGCUAUGAUAUGGCUGAGAGUCAAGGUGAAUAGAACUAGGUUGUGUACGGCGAUCCACUUCGCAAGAAAUAAAUAAAAUAUCAAAAGAGUCGCGAAAACGGACUUUUCCACGGUAGUACAAACUUUAUGCAUUUACGAUAGCUUUUUUGUCAUUUAUAUCGCUCUAUAAAGGAAGUUUUACAAAUGUUACCGCUCGCUGUCUCCAUCAUAGAAAUCGGAGGAAAGCAAAAAAAUACCAUAGCCAGUGUCUGUGACAAAAAAGAAAUCUUGUAAACUUUUCGUUACUCGUCAAGAGAUAUAAAAGGCCGCCCAAGAUCGCGCGCUGUGAGGUUCGGCAUAAUUUUAGCUUUUCACAUAGCGCUAAUUUAUUACACCCAGGAUUUUAGGGUGUACAAGUGGACACGUGACCAGCCGAUGCUAGGGCCUUUUCCCGCCCCACCCAUUUUUUAAGGGAAAAGCCCUGGGGACGAGGUUGGAUUUGCACAUCUCCCAUAAUACGUCUUCCGACGUCUUGCCCACAAGAUUUUGCCCAAACAUUGUCCUUAAUUUCUCUUGGGACGACUGUAAUACCCAGGAGAAGAAAAUGUAAUCGGCUCCUGGUUAUGCAAAAUUUUGAGGGGCAAACAAGGUGAAUUAAAGGGACUGAGAGGAAAAGGGUGAAUAAAUAUUAAAUAGACUGCUAAUUCUGGAAUCACACGAAACAUAAUUUCCUCCCUUUUUUUACAGAAUUAGAAUACGAGAUGUCUGAAAUAGGUAAGAUCCAUUUGGUUAAUCGAAUUUUAGAAGAUUCAACAUUUGACUUAUCGCCAAAGUACAACUGCAUAUUUAAAAUUUCAAACUUUUCGAUGUCAAAACUAUUAUAAGUUCAUUUCUAAUAUAUUUCCGUAUCCGUCACGACACCUUAUCAGUUAAUGUUGUCUUUGUUAAGUCACGUGAGCUGUUUUCCUUUUGGAGGGUUUCUGUUUCCUCAUGGACAUGAAUAAAAGGCCACACUUUAAAGUCCUUUAAGAAAUUUCUUCCAACACAGCUGAGUCUUCAUUCAAAAGUAAGUGGAAAGAAUAAAAUGAUGUGAACACAAAACUAAAAAAGGAAAUUUAUAUUUUAGUAAGAUUAAGAUUUCCACAUUUCAAUACUGUUCUACUGAUUUUUAUUUUUACUUUUGUUUCAUUUCUUUUACAGAGCGAAGAGGAACUGCCUGCUGCAGCCCAGGCUGUAACUGGCUUCUGAGCUACUUGGAAAUUGAUAGUUCAGUGGUGAAAUGUCUCGAUCGUAAAUGAACAUUCAGUUUUCUUUUCAUAAAAUAUUAAAUGAGAUCAAUACUUACUGGAAAAAAAUAGGAGGUUUGUCGCGUACUGUUAAUUCCGCACAAUAAGACUUGAGGAAAAUCGUCUUAAAGUAACUGUUUCAUUGUACAAAGCUAUCACUUGGAAGUGAAUUAAACUAUACCACACUAAAUGUUCGUCUCAUGUUAACUGUUAGCUGGUUAAAGAAGAAGGUUUAGGCGAGAAGAGGUAAAUUGGGUGGCCCCAGUUAGAUAGGAAUACUUACCAGUUAGUUUUUAGGACAAUAAUGACCACAAUAUCAAAAUAUCCUAGUAUUGUGGGUAUUUCAAUCAUGAAUACAAAAAAAUACUUUCUUAAGGUUCCAUAUAUUUGCGAAAGUACUAAUUAACAACACUCUUUUGUGUCAUUAGGCUCCCGUAAAGGAGACGGGACAGCCAAUGAGAUGGUGGCCAUGAGAUUAUUAUUCUGGACACACCUCAGUGUGUGCCCAAUCUAUCCCCACGUUCAUUUUUUCCAUCUAAUCUCAUUCAUCGACCACUGGUCUAUCUGCCUCCACCGCUCUUCAUUCAGGAUUCUUCUGGGCCGCCUAAUCCGCAGGAAGCUCCCCAGAACUUUUUAAUGAAAACUAGUCUCUUAGUUUCAGCCCUAGACGAAAUGAGCAAAGCUUUCACAUUUUCCCCAAAGACUCUCACCUUGCUUCUAGUUGUCAGUGACGUAGACCACAAUAUCAAUUUCAGCAUCAAAAAGUAG